AAGGUCGAGCAAAUAUAUAGAACUAUUCAAAUUAACGUCUAUAUAUUCAAAGUCGAGCAAUUGCGCGAUGCUGCUGGAGCUGCUGUGCCUGUGCCUGUCGCUGCUGGGCCAGCUGCGCGGCGCAGAUCUGCCCUAUGAGACGCUGCGCGAGCGUAUUAUGAAGGCGGAGCAAAUGGCCUCGCUGGGCGGCAACCUGUGGCUCACGGCGGACGAGGAGAAGGCCAACAGCAUUUUGAUGAACGCCAAGCGCGCGGAGAUUGCCGAGGGCAUCAAGCAUCCGGAGAAGUAUGCGCCGGCCAUGCACUUCUUUCAGGGCAAGCAAUUUGUGCGCCAGAGCGAGGUGUUCCGCAUCAUACAGAAGAUGCCGAAGGGCGCCUUUCUACACGGCCACAACACGGCGAUGGUCAGCUCCAAGUGGAUCGUCGCCAAUCUGACCAACACGAACAAUCUAUACACCUGCCGGGACAUCAACGGGCUGCUGAUCUUCACCUACGAUACGGCCAGCUCGAAGUGCCACAGCGAGGAGCAGAAUGUGUGCACGGAGCGCAUCAAUGCCGAGGAUCGGCAUCAAUACGAACGACAGCUGGAGAGGCACAUCAAUAUGCACAGCACCCGGCCGGAGUCUCUGUUGCCGAACCGAAAGAAGAUCUGGGAUCGUUUCGAGAAUAUUUUCACCACGGUCGAUCGUCUCUAUAAAUAUCAGCCCACAUAUUGCGCCUAUCACAAGCGUCUGCUGGAGGAGCUCUGCGAGGACAACAUCAUGUAUGCCGAGCUCCGAUUCUCGCUCUCGCCCCUCUAUGAUGACAACAAUCGCACCUAUAGCUCGCUGGAUGUGGCCAAUCAGCUGGAGCGCAUCGUCGAGGAGUUCAAGGCCAAGCAUCCGGACUUUGUCGGUCUCAAGGUCAUCUAUGCGAAACGCAAUCGCGCCACGGAGGAGAAAAUGGCCGAGAAUAUACGCACCUUCAAGCAGUUGCACUCCGCCAAGCCCAACUUUAUCAUUGGCUUCGACAUGAUUGGACAGGAGGACACGGGCGACAUGUUGAGCAAAUAUGUGAAUGAAUUCUCCGAUUUGCCCAGCACCGCCAACUAUUUCUUCCAUGCGGGCGAGACAAAUUGGUAUGGACGCACCGACUGGAACAUGAUGGACGCCAUUUUGCUGAACACAAAGCGCAUUGGACACGGCUUUGCGCUGCCGAAGCAUCCGCAGCUGUGGUCGACGAUCAAGAAGCGCAACAUCGCCAUCGAGGUGAAUCCGUUGUCCAACCAAGUGUUGGGCUUCAUCUGGGAUCUGCGCAAUCAUCCGGCCAGUUUUCUGAUAGCCGAGAACUUUCCGAUUGUCAUCUCCGCCGAUGAUCCAGGCGUGUGGGGUGCCAAAGGCCUAAGCUAUGAUUUCUACUAUGCCUUCAUGGCCAUGGCGCCGGCCGAGGCGGAUUUGCGAUUUCUCAAGCAGCUGGCGCUGAACUCCAUCAAAUACUCGGUGCUCACCUCUCUGGAGAGGCGCAAGUUCAAUCGCGUGUUCCAGAGGAAGUGGCAAGAGUUUAUUGCAAACAUCUUAAAUCCCAAGUUCAAAUAGUAGCUAAAUUUAGAAUAAGGCUAAGUGCUAAAGUGAAUAGAAAGGGCGACUAACUAGCGGAUAAUUA